AUGGACAACAACUUACCCCAGAAAUAUUCGUCGAGCUCAUUAGCUCGAAGAAUUGGCAAGUCGAAGCCAAUGAACACUUCUACACUGCCCACAGAGAGGAACAGGGGCAAAGGCUCACAAUCUGGGCCUACCGCCAGGAAGUCUACCAGUACCUCGAGGCAUAUUGGCCAAAAAGAAUCAACACAGUCCAGUAUCAAAUGCUCUCCUGCACAGACUGGAAAUAUCAACUCGACGUCCAAGGAAAGAUCAUGGAGAUCAGAAGGGAUGGGCAACGGGCAAUCACCUUCUGGAUCCCACACCAAGAGAUCACCAACUGGGGGCAACCAGCCUCUACCAUCCAUGAAACAUUCCCCAUAUUCGCCGCCAUAUACAACUGCUCCACAAUCAGCACUCCAGAGCAGUAUGACCUCUUCCACUGGGCAAGGGCCUACCAGAUUAACACCACUACAGGUCCAAACCUUGAAAAGGGGAAGAAAGCUAGCAGGGAAAGGCCUGCCAAAAGGCGAAAUAAAUCAGUACUCCGAGGAAUCAACCAAGAAGAGAUUAUCCUCGAGUGGGAUUCCGACUCAGACGAAGAGUCAGUCGCCUCGGUCGACACAGCCACAACAUGGUCCUCAGAUCAGGAAAAACCAGUGGAAGAAACAGGAGUUACCCCAUACCCUGAAUUCCUGUGCCGAAACGAAGCGGAGAUACGCUGGUUCCAAGACAUCUGCCACUCCCUCGACGAAGAAGAGAAAGAUGGAGUUAAAAAGUGGCAGGAAGAGUGCGAGCGAAAACCAGGAUAUGACGCUCUCAGAUCCUGGAUAUAUGCCAACGACGAAGAUGGAUGGGUGUUCCGAAUGGUGGAACAACAACUCAAAAAGCCCACCAUCACGGAAGAGGAAGUCUUCUGGCCCCACACCAGCUCCCGAGCCGAAGAAGUUAAAAAAUACACCAGUAGAUACCGGUACGAUGAAGAGUACUGGUACCGCCAAAGACAAGAAGAGGUGGACUUCCUCUACAUCAGUCGAUGGUGGAACAAAGCCCAACAAUUUGAAGAGGAAAGCCGUCGGCGAAGAGGACCGAGUAAGUGGGAAAGCGGACAGUCCGAUUUCUAUCCCGAGUCCGUCCACGACUCCCAAAACACCAAUAAGUGGCGAACCGUUAAAAAACUCGCCGCUGAACCCUGGUGGUAACUUAGAGGACGAGGUCGACUUUAACUUCUGGUUGAACGACGCGGAGUUCGAACCGUUCGCUGGGGAUAAAGCAAUAGCAAACGAGUUGACCGAAGAAACGGCGAUACUGGACGAAUUUAUGGUGAAAAGGUCUCAGGACGUGGAUGAAAACUCUCUGGCUGGCGCGAAGGAGUUAGAGUUGGAGGGUAUGAACGUUGGUGAUGAUAAUUUCAUUAGUUUAGAUUUUAAUAUAGACGAAUUUAUAAAUAGCAUAGACAUAGAUAAUCAUAUUAAACAUUGCGACGAGGCCGAAAAUUUGGCUAAGUCAUUACACUUAUUUUUAGAGGAACAUAACAUUAAUCAUUUAUAUUUAGUCACUCGAGGUGGCAAUAUUUCCUUUACGAGUAUAACAGACUUGGAGGGUAGUCUAACGCUAGGUUUUGGUGGUGAAGAGGUCUUGGCUCAGUUGGCGAUUUUCAACGACAGAGUCCAGGAAUUAGAGAAAUUGGUGAAAAAAUAUAAUCUUUAG